AUGACUCGUCCGUCUUCUCCAGUCAUCACAUUGAUUAUCUUGCUAAGUUUUGUUAUUAUAACGAAUGUUGAUUGUCGAGCUAGUGGUCAUGGUCGUGGAAGAGCUGGACGUUUUCGAAUUUCAAAUAUAGUGAAAAAUCGACAUCAUUAUAAUAAUAUUAAUCGGCAAUCAUCCAUUUUACAUAAAUCAAAUAAUCGUAAUUUAAUUCGUGGUACAGUUACAGGGGGUGCAACUAUAUUAGUUGGCUCAUUAGCUUUACGAUCAUAUGUGUCCAAUUAUAAGAAAAUAUCUAAUCAAUCUGAUCUUAUACUUACUAAUGGUACAGGAAAUGUAUGUGUAAAUAGAGAAAAUAUUUCUAAUUUUGUUUUCAAUGAAUUUCAUUGUCCAUUAUCACCUAUAUUUACAACCAAUGAUCGGUAUUGCUGUGGCUCAUUUCAACAACAAUAUUGUUGUUCCUUCUGGGAAAGUCAUAGACAAGUAACUGGUACUGUUAUUGGCAUUAUCGCAGCAUGUAGUCUUCUUCUCGUAUUUAUUAUCUGUUUUAUCAUUUAUUAUCGACGUCAAAUAAAACAAAAAGUAUUAGUGAUAUUAUCAUUAGUUGAAGGAAAAGGGUUUAGCAGUUCACGAGGUGGAGGUAUUAAGGGUUCAAAAGGAUCAGGAGUAUUUGGAGGAUCGUCAAGUAAUAUUCGACCAAAUAAUUAUAAUACUAUGAACAAACCAAGUAGUUUUAGAAAAAAUGCAAUGGGUUUUGCUGCUGGAGCUGCUGGUGGUAUUGCAGCAUAUUCAAUAAUGAGAUCGAUGUCUGGAUCAUAUCGAUCCCGACCUGGUGGUUAUUAUGAGCCAGGCUAUGGAGGUGGAGAUACUUGUGUAAACAAUGAAGAUAUGAAUGGCACAAGCUUUGGAUCAUUUCGUUGUCCACUCAAUGGAUUUCCAUAUGAAGCAAAAUAUUGUUGUGGUGAAUAUGGAAAACAAUAUUGUUGCGUACGCGAGAAAAAUCGUUUUCUUCGUAAUAGUGCUCAUUUUGGAUGGAUAGUUCUAAUUCUCGUCGUUCUUUUUAUUGUUAUUUUAUUAGUAGCUCGACGUCGUCGACAACGACAAAAAGAAAUGAUGAUGAUACCAACAGAACCACCAAUGCAUGAACAAAAUAAGCCACCACCUUUUUAUCAUCCACCACCGCCGCCAAUGGGUUAUCCAGCACCACCACAAUAUCCAGCUGCAAAUCCAUAUGCAGUUCCACCACAGAACUAUUCGGAAAAUUUUAAUCCAUAUGCACAGCAAUCUCAUAUGCCAUAUCCACCUCAACAACAACCAUAUCAUUCCCAAUAA